AGCUGAAUGUAUAUUAUUCGAAGCUUAUUUCAUUCAUCCCGUUGGAAAUUUUCUUCCGGCAUCACAGGUGACGCGUUAAUGGGUGGAGCCAAACAGCAUGUUCUGACCAAUAGAAGAGUGAGAAAGGUAGAAAUCCACGCCUUCUUUUAUACGUCAUCAUUUCGGCGCGGGAGACAGGAGUUGAAAGCUGUGUUUAAGAGAAUUGCCGCCAAUAACGAGGAGGACCUACGAUGCCCUGUGAGAGGAAGCCGAUGCGCUACGGCCACUCAGAGGGCCACACGGACGUCUGCUUUGACGAGCACAGCAAAUGCAUUGUUACGUGUGGAAGCGACGGAGACGUGCGCAUAUGGGAAAGUCUAGACGACGACGAUCCUAAAUCCAUAAAUGUCGGCGAGAAGGCCUACUCUGUAGCUUUGAGAGGUGGGAAAUUAGUCACAGCCGUUUCCAACAACACUGUUCAGAUCCACACGUUCCCCGAUGGAGAUCCCGAUGGAAUACUCACCCGUUUCACCACCAACGCAAACCACGUCGCCUUCAACUCCAGCGGCACACGAGUCGCUGCUGCCUCCAGUGACUUCCUGAUAAAGGUGAUUGAGGUGAUGGACAGCAGUCAGCAGAAGACUCUACGUGGUCACGAUGCACCUGUUCUCAGUGUGACCUUUGACCCCAGCGAUGAGUAUGUUGCCUCCUCCAGUUGUGACGGCUCGGUGGCCGUGUGGUCUAUAGAGGAGCAGACUCAAGUGGCGAACUGGAAGGUGCUGCAGAAGUCGAGUGACGUGAGCAACGCUAAGUCUCUGUGCAGACUCGCAUGGCAAGGAUCUGGGAAGCUGCUUGCAGUUCCAGUGGACACCACAGUACAUCUGUAUGAGAGAGACUCCUGGACUCAUGUUGGCACUCUAUCUGAUGACCUUCUCACUCAGGUCGUUAACGUGGUGGUUUGGUCGCCGUGUGGGAAGUUUCUGGCAGCCGGAACAGUGGGAGGAACUCUCUCCGUUUGGGACGUUGAAGCGAAGCUGUGCAUUGAGAGGCAGAAGCAUGAGAAAGGCUACACGGUGUGCGGCAUGGCCUGGCAUCCCUCCGGAGGACAGAUCGCUUACACGGACACCGAGGGCUGCCUGGGCCUGCUGGACGGCGUGUGUGCAUCUUCCUCAUCCUCCUCUUCCUCAUCCUCCUCUUCCAUUACCACGAAGAACACCACGCAGGCUGCUGAGAGUAAAGAGCAGAACGGUUAUGACGAUCUGUUUGAUGAGGAUGACGGCGGCCUGCUAGAUGAAUGUCGGAGCGUCUCAGCGGGUGAAGAGGACGACGAGGUCCUCGUGCCUGCCGCUCGCAAACCGCGCAGCAGAGGGAACGUCCUGGACGAUGACGAGAACUCUAGAGACACCGGCUCGGUGAAGGUGGAUCAUUUAGCUGAGGAUGAUGGAGAGAGCGGCGUUUUGCCCGCUCCGGCGCCCCCCGUCGCAGCAGCGCCACGCCCGGUUUACGAGGGUCCCAUGCCCACUGCGCCUCAGAGAGCCUUCCAGCCUGGCUCCACUCCAGCACACCUCAUGCACCGUUUCAUGGUUUGGAACUCGGUGGGUAUUGUGCGCAGCUACAACGAUGAACAGGAUAACGCCAUCGAUGUGGAGUUCCACGACACUGCCGUCCAUCACGCCAUGCACCUCACGAACACACUGGAGCACAGCAUGGCCGAUCUAUCCCAGGAGGCCGUUCUGCUCGCCUGCGAAGGCACCGAUGAACUCGCUAGCAAGCUGCAAUGCCUGCACUUCUCCACAUGGGACACGAAUAAGGAGUGGAUAGUGGACCUGCCGAAAGGCGAGGACGUGAGGACGCUGUGUUUGGGACAAGGCUGGGCGGCGGCGGCCACCAGUGCCAUGCUGGUGCGUCUCUUCUCCAUCGGCGGCGUUCAGAGAGAGAUUUUCAGCCUCCCGGGCCCUGUAGUGUGCAUGGCUGGACACGGGGAGCAGCUUCUUAUAGUCUAUCACAGAGGGACUGGGUUUGACGGCGACCAGGCUCUCGGGGUGCAGCUUCUGCAGCUCGGCCAAAAAAGGAAGCAGAUCAUCCACGGUGAACCUCUGCCUCUUUCCCGCAAGUCCCACCUGACAUGGAUGGGCUUCAGUGCAGAAGGAACACCAUGUGCCGUGGACUCGGAGGGCGUGGUGCGCAUGCUGAAUCGCUCUCUGGGAAACACAUGGACUCCUGUAUGUAACACCAGAGACAACUGCAAGAGCAGGUCGGAUCAUUACUGGGUGGUCGGAAUCCACGAGAAUCCCCAGCAGCUCAGGUGCAUUCCCUGUAAAGGAUCCGUUUUUCCCCCGACUCUUCCUCGUCCUGCUGUGGCCAUCCUGCCCUUCAAACUGCCCUUCUGCCAGACCAGCACGGAGAAAGGCCAGAUGGAGGAGCAGUACUGGCGCUCGGUGCUCUUCCAUAAUCACUUUGGCUUCCUGUCGUCCAGCGGUUAUGAGAUGGACGAGGAGAGUCAGAGGCAGCAGGAGAAGGAGCAGCAGGAGCUGUUGAUGAAGAUGUUCGCGCUGUCGUGUAAGCUGGAGCGCGAGUUCCGCUGUGUCGAGUUGGCUGAGAUGAUGACGCAGAGUGUGGUGACGCUCGCCAUCCGCUACGCUUCACGCUCCAGGCGCAUGCUUCUUGCUCAGAGGCUCAACGAGCUCGCUCUGGAGAAGGCCAGUCAGCUACAGGAGGAGGCGGAGCCAGAGGAGGAAGCAGCCUAUCACAGCCAGGCACAAAAUGCAAGAUUUAGUCAAGCCAGUCGAGUCGCCAGACACUCGAGCAGCAGAGCAGCACAGGAAGACUGCGAUGAAGAAGAGCAGGAAGACGAGGAAGAGCCGAUGGAAGCAGAGGAAGAACCGGAAAGCAAAAAGUCACGUGUGAAUCCGUUCAGUAAAGGCACAAAAUCACCUGAAAAACCUUCCAUCAAACCAGUCAGCAAAGAAGGCCGUGUGAACCCCUUUAAGGUCAGUGGAUCAGGAAAGCCGUCCACGUCUUCAUCACCGCAGCCCAGAGCUACUAACGUUCUGGACAACAUGACGGCAUCCAACAGGAAACACACAUCGUCCAGUAAAGCUCCAGUGCUAAAGCCUCUGGCACCAAAACCACGCUCCAAGGCUCAGGCUACAUUGCUGCAGAUGAGCACGUCUAAAAUAGCUUCUAAGAAGCCGGAGGAGAAGGAGAUGGAGAAACCGAGAGCAGAAAAACCUGAGAAACCAGCAGCAGCACCUGGAGACAAUGUGGAGAACACCAGACCAAAGACCGGGUUCCAGUUGUGGCUCGAGGAGAACAGGAAGAGCAUUCUCGCUGACAAGCCAGACCUGGAGGAGAUGGACAUCAUUAAAGAGGCCAUGAGCCGCUUCCGUACGCUGUCAAGCGAGGAGAGGCUGAAGUGGACGGAGAAGGCGAAAGGCUCGACUGGAGAGGGUGCAGACCUCAAGAAAAGAAAGCGAGACGAAGAGGGGAAUAAUGAAGUGGACGAGCAGGUGGAUGCGGAUGAAAACAGCGCAAAGAAGAAAAAGCCUUUGGACACUUCAGCUAAGCUUUCGGCGUUUGCUUUCAACAAGAAUUAAUACUCACGUUUAGUGUUUGCUUUUUUUUUAUUUUUAUUUUUAAUACUUGCAAGUUCUUAUAAAUGUCUAUUUUCUUGUAAACUUCAAAAAAAACUAAACUAAAACUUUACAAUAACCCUUGCUCUUUUUUUUUUUUUUUUGUCUUAUUCGUUUGUUUGUACAUAUUUCUGUGAACUGUUUAACUAUAUAUGAACCUGAAGACAAAUAAAAUGUUGACUUUUA